CCCAACCAUCUUAACCACCAUGCCACUGGGGGACCCUGCUCUAGUAAUUAAUAUUUGUUGUGCAACUUAGUAUGUGACAGAUGAUUUGUAAGAACACCAUACCGACCUAUUAGAGAAUUAGGGAAAUGAGGUUAGAAGUUAUCUCCCGCAGGUUGGUUGAACAGCAUCUAAGAAAGUGAUGUAGGUAAACAGAUCACAGUCUCUCUGACUGCAUAACCUGCAUAGCCACUAAUAAGACUUCCAUGAACUGUAAAUAUCAAAGAAUAACAAAGUGCUUAGGACCUUGCAAAAAACAAAACAAGCAAACAAACAAAAACCAAGAGCUCAGUAAAUAUAGAAUAGAACUUGGGAGUAUAUAAAAGCAGAACAAAAUUAGCAAUUGACUCCUCAUCCAAAGAUACCUGCCACUGUGAAUAUUUUGGCAUGCUUGCUUCCAGUCUGUAUGAAAUAUAUUUCAAACAUAUCAAUAAGCACAGAAGAUAACAGACACACCUCUCCAUCAAGGCUUGCUUUUUGAGAUGUAAAACAUAGUAAAUUGGAUGGUUCUACUUUUAUUUUUUCCUAUGCAUUAUUUAUCUUUAGCUCACACCACAUCAUCUAAUAUCUUUGAAAAAUCCUACCUUGAGCAUUUACCCAACAUACCAAAUAUGCUGCACUUCUCAUGGCCACGUACUUUAUACUGCAUGGGUGGAACAUGAAGGCCCAAUCCCCUACUGUUGGGCAUUUAGGUUAUUUGCCAGCAAAAUCAUCACUACACAUACAUCCUUUAUCAAGCAUCUGAUCAUUUCCUUGGAACAAAUUCGUAUUGCAAAAAGGCCCAAGAUCAGACACUGUCAUUAAGCCUUCUCAUACUGUUUUGACAAGUACUUUUAAAGGAAGAAACCUUGAAAAUCUUUAACGUUUUAAUCCACUAUAACAGACAUACAGAAAAGUGUACAGAAGCAUACAGCUCACUGUCCUUUCACAACCUGAACACAGCCACCCAGAUCUGAACCAGAACAUUCCCCGCAGCCCCAAGGCCGCUCGCCCUAUCUUCGGUUCCAGGAGUGGGAUUUUCCCAUCGGAAGGCCUGCUAACCCGGCCACGUCUCGAGAACCUUAGCUUGCUAAUUCUCCGCUAAAACCUUGACCAAGGAAAGAGGAGCUAAGCUCUGUCUGCAGACGCCCUGCAGUCUGAAGUGCGGCUGGGCGAAGGACACAGCUGCGGUGCGGAGCCGGAGCCGGAGCCGGAGCCGAGCCCGGCACCGUAGUCGGAAAGCCACCCUAGCUCCCGGCGUGCAGCGCGGCGGUCCCGGCCUGCACCGCGGCGCGCGGAACCGGCGACUUAAGCGACGGACCGGGCGAGAGACAGUGGCGGCGCCGCAGCGUGAGGCUCUGUAUCCGUCUGCCGCCUGGGGAGGCGACGCGGGACGACAUGGAAGUGAAGGAUGCCAAUGCAGCACUGCUCAGUAAUUAUGAGACAUUAAAAUACAUAUCAAAAACACCAUGUAGGCACCAGAGUCCUGAGAUUGUCAGAGAAUUUCUUACAGCAAUGAAAAGCCACAAGUUGACCAAAGCAGAAAAGCUUCAGCUGCUAAAUCACAGGCCUAUGACUGCUGUUGAGAUCCAGCUGAUUGUGGAAGAGAGUGAAGAAAGGCUCACAGAGGAGCAAAUCGAAGCUCUUCUCCACACUGUCACAAGUAUUUUGCCUGCAGGGCCGGAGGCUGAGCAGAAACAAAAUACCAGUGAGGACGUGGCAAUGGAUGAAGAGGACCCAGCAUAGAAGGGUGCAGCUGGCCCAGGUUCAUGAAGUUAGAAGGCCAAGCAGCCAUUUCCUGGAUGUUCAGAGGAUUGUUUAUUUGAUAUUACCCUCUGUCCCCCCAGGCCUGAUUUCAUGGUUAGUUGGGUAAAUCACAAAAAUAAGCCUUUCUCAAAAGCUGAAAAGAAAUAUUUGUGCCUCAAGGAGAAGCAGCAUGGUGAAGACAGGCUGAGGUUGUCAGUGGGGAGGACAAGGACUGUGGACCCCUCUGUGGUAGAAAUAUUUCUCUGGCCUUUGCCACAGUUGUGGGGAGGUCUCUAUACACAGCUGGUAAAACAUUUGUGUAGCCUUUGAUGGGCUCUGUCAUAAUUAGUUUCAUCUGCUUCCCUAGGAACUUCCCAAGCAGAGACUUGGAGCUGUUGGGAUUGGAGCUCAAUUGCAAGAAGCUAGUUAGAUGGCUGCAGACUCCUGGAGCAGCGAAUAGUGGCUCUGGGUUAAAAUGAUCCACUGAACUUGGCUCUCCUUAGAGGAGUUUUCCUCGAGAACAGCAAAGAUAAGAAUGGAAUGGGCCUGGCAGACCUUCAGGUCUAAAGGCCCCUUUCCUCUGCUGGCAUAGACUUUGUUUACUGGCUCACUGUUUUAUCUUAGAUGUUAGGAAUCAGCUCAUUCCAACUGAAAAGAGGUACUCCAGCCUGAAUGACAGUGGCAAUAGUGCUGGCUGCCUUUCUGACAUCCCGUGUCCUGCCCUGAGACAGCACUCCUG